GCCAUCUUGUGUGUGUACUAUUGUGUGUAGGGGAAUUCCCAGGGGAACUCCCGUUACAUCCACUGCAAAACACCACACCUCACUGCAAUGUCUAGCUCUUGCUAAGCUGCAAGCUCAAUUAACUUUUGCAAUGGCAACAAGAUCACUCACUGGUACAGUAUGCAGGUACCCAGGCUGCUUCAAGCCAGGAUACAAGGAGCCCAGUGGCUACACACACAACUUCUGUGGACGAACACAUGCUGAGAUGUACAGGUCAAUUCCUCUCGCUUCCCCAACCCCCACCACCUCGGCAUUCUCAUACUCAAGACCGGCUAAGUCAGCACAAACAACAAAAAGUGCUCUGAAACCAUUGAAGGCACUUCAAAAAUAUGUAUCACCAUCGUCAAACGAGAUAAAGUUCUACAACAGUUAUGACCCCUUCUACGAGUUUACAAACUUUUAUCCAACAUUUAUGACAAUUGAUGGAAGUUCUUGGCCUUCUUCUGAACACUACUUUCAAGCUCAAAAAUUUGUCGGUACUCCAUAUGUAGAGAAAAUAAGAAAAAUGUCUUCGGCUAGAGAAACGUUCCAGUUUUCGAGGAACCCAGCCGUAUCUCGAUGGCGAAGGUCGGAUUGGGACCAAGUGAAAGAUGACAUCAUGCUGAAAGCUCUAAGAUGCAAGUUUGGGCAAUCAGACAGACUGCGUUCUCUUCUUUUUGGCACAGGAGACAAGAAACUCAUUGAGCACACAGAGAAUGAUUCUUACUGGGGAGACGGUGGAGGAAAAGGAAAAGGCUUGAACAAACUCGGCGAACUGCUCAUGAAAGUACGAAGAGAGCUCAAAGAAAUGGAAAAAAUAAAAAGCCCUUUGAAAAGAAGCAACUCAUUUUCAAUUUCUAGCACAAAAUCAUCAAAACCGAAGUACACAGAUGAUAUGAACGCUUUGGGACGCACUUCUCCAUUGUUAUCUCGUCGCUUGUCAGGAUCACAGAACUCUUUACACACACCAAGCAGCACCACCUACAGAGUAGGCUACUCCUCUCCUUCACUGGCAAGCAGGCCUAGCGGUUUCACUCCUCGCACACAAACCACAAAUGGUUCCGGCUAUUUGUAUACCAAACCAGGCACUGCUAACUACACUCCUAGUCCAAGACAACAUACCACUCCUUCUUACAAGCAACGAAGGGGAAAUGAUUCCACUGGAGUGGCUUCAAUUUUUGCACUUUAUAAAUGAACUUAAUUAUUAUUGAUUUACUUCCCUUCCCUUCCAAACUUAUUUGAUUUUCAAUACGUGAAAAAAUUGUUAUCUCCAAUUUCAAUUAUAAAAAUAACAAAAUUUUAAUUAUUAUUGUUUAUAUUUUUCCACCAAACUUGUAAUAUUGUUUAUACUGAUCUAACAAAGUCUGACAGCUAUCUCUAGUCACUGAGUCCAUUGGAGACUUGAGGAAGGCAAUAUCUCCUUGUGAGGCCAGCUUCAUCAAGCUGAACACUCCGGGUAGCAUGGCAUC